UCGAGCCGCACAAUUGGCAAAAUUUCAUCCAUCAUCCAAAAGCCAAAACGACAACGACAACACACACAAACACCACACAAACAACACCAACGUGCACCAACCCCACAUCAACACCAACUGCAGCGAGUGCAGCGAACACCUCCAUUUGAGACGACAAGCGAAGCAUGUGGCGGCGUGUGGGCAGCUUCCGGUCCUCAUCGAACAAGGGCACACCGACGACAAAGCGGCGGGGCACAAGCAAAGGGCGGAAGCCGUCCAAGUCGGGGAAAGGAGGUCGUGUCAGCGACGAUGAGGACAGCGACUGGGCGUCUGCGCCCAUCACACUCAACCUUGGCAACUGCUCCCUCACCUACGACAACGGCAAAUGGCAAGGGGAGCUGAAAGAAGGAAAAACACGGGACAAAGAAGACAAGGAUGCACAUGACGCGUCCGAUCCCGCCACAAAGGAACACAUCCGUAAGCUCGAGGAGGAGAACAGGUUACUCAAGUUCAAGGUCGAGGUCCUCGUUGACAUGCUGACACUUGCGAGGGCAGAGGCGGAAAACCGGAGAUGAGAGGCGUUGCUGGCUUUUUUUUUUCCUGGAUGCUGUGACAACCAUUGUACAUAUGCUCUGUUGUGCAAAGGGAUGGAAGAGUGGAGAGGAGUGGAGGUGUUCGCGACAGAGUGCGUUGUGUUGUGUAUGUGUGUGUGUGUGUGUGAGUGAGAAACGUGUGUGUGUGUGUAUGUGUGUGUGAAUGUGACGGCUUCCAUGCGGUGCGGGCCAUCUUCUUUUUGUUUGGGUGUAGUAGAUGAACGAUAAACGAAGGCAGUA